AUGAAAAACAAUUCAGCGAAAGGGACGAUGGGAGAGGUCUACGACGGAGAUGGUGGUUGUCAUUCCGGGGAGGAAGAAACCGGUUCAAAUCUACCGCCCUGGGAGGCAGCAGCGGCGGUUCUAACCCUCGGGUUUUUGGUGCUAGCAACAGUUCUCGGCAACGCCCUCGUGAUUUUAAGUGUCUUCACCUACCGACCACUGCGGAUCGUACAGAAUUUCUUUAUCGUCUCUCUCGCAGUAGCCGAUCUCGCAGUCGCAAUCCUUGUGAUGCCUUUCAACGUAGCCUACUUGCUACUCGGGAAGUGGAUCUUUGGAAUCCACCUCUGCAAGCUCUGGCUCACCUGUGACGUACUUUGUUGUACAGCCAGUAUCCUGAACCUCUGCGCCAUCGCCCUCGACCGAUACUUCGCCAUAACGGAUCCCAUCAACUACGCCCAGAAGCGAACCCUAAAACGAGUCCUGGCGACAAUAGCCGGAGUCUGGGUAUUAUCAGGAGCCAUCAGUUCACCACCUCUGGCUGGCUGGAACGACUGGCCCGAGGAACUGGAACCUGGAACACCCUGCCAACUGACUCAAAGACAAGGCUACGUCAUCUACUCAGCUCUAGGUUCCUUCUUCAUUCCACUAUUGCUCAUGACUCUCCUUUAUCUGGAGAUCUUCCUAGCCACUCGAAGGCGGCUACGUGAAAGGGCUAAACAAAGCCGACUAGGUGUAGUCCAAUCUGCCAGGCAUCGGGAAACUGAUGACGCGGAGGAGUCCGUCAGCUCUGAGACGAAUCACAAUGAGAGAUCGACGCCAAGGUCGCAACCUAAACCUUCGCUUAUCGAUGAUGAACCUACGGAAGUGACGGUUGCUUGUGCUACUGGACACACGAGACGUGGCGGUCCCGGGAUUACCACGACAUCUACGACUGUUUAUCAAUUCAUCGAGGAAAGACAGAGGAUCUCCUUGUCGAAGGAGAGACGAGCCGCGAGGACGCUGGGGGUCAUUAUGGGAGUGUUUGUUGUUUGCUGGCUGCCCUUCUUCCUGAUGUAUGUAAUUGUUCCUUUCUGUCCGUCUUGUUGUCCCUCUGACAGAAUGGUUUACUUCAUCACCUGGUUGGGAUACGUUAACAGUGCUCUUAACCCGGUUAUUUACACGAUUUUCAACCUCGACUAUAGGAGGGCUUUCAGGAGGCUUCUUCAUCUUGGAUAA